ACAAGUUAUCGUUAUCGAUGCAUUAGAUUUAGGAAAAAUUUCUAAGCCGACUCGCAAAACUUUACGUGAAAUAUCAGUCACAUAGAUACAUUUCUGUUGCCAGCGACUUGUAUUUUUAGUUUUACUUGAGACACCCUAAAAAGCUGCCGGUUUUGCUUGUAUGUGUCGUGUAAUUUAUCAUAUUUGUGCUUGCAAUAUCUAAAAUACCAAGUCCACUACAUCAUCUCCGUGUUAGGAAUUUUCAUACACGGCGUUCCUCUCGUAUAAUCUCGUCACGAUAUAAAGUAUGCAGAUUUUCGUAAAGACUCUUACUGGAAAGACCAUUACUCUCGAGGUCGAGCCCAGUGACACUAUCGAGAAUGUAAAGGCAAAGAUUCAAGAUAAGGAAGGCAUUCCUCCAGAUCAGCAAAGGUUGAUUUUCGCCGGAAAACAGCUAGAAGACGGCCGCACUCUCUCAGACUACAACAUUCAGAAGGAGAGCACUCUUCACUUGGUUCUUAGAUUGCGUGGUGGCAUGCAGAUUUUCGUAAAGACUCUUACUGGAAAGACCAUUACCCUGGAAGUUGAACCAAGCGAUACAAUUGAGAAUGUAAAGGCAAAGAUUCAAGAUAAGGAGGGUAUUCCCCCAGACCAGCAGAGAUUGAUUUUUGCUGGUAAGCAAUUGGAGGAUGGACGUACACUUUCUGACUACAACAUUCAGAAGGAGAGUACUCUCCAUCUUGUCCUUAGAUUGCGCGGUGGUUGUAUGUAUUGAAGAUUGUUGUAACUAUAUUUUU